AUGACCACCCCAAUCCCCGCAUACGAAGCCGUCAUAAACAUCAUCUACAAACGCACACCCGGCUUCAGGCUCGACAUCGACUAUCUUCUCCAAACCCACAUUCCCAUGGUCGCCAAAGAAUGGGCCCCACACGGCUUGCUGGGCGCCACCGUUACCGAAGCGCCUGCCGACUCAGAGUACGCGUAUAUAGUUGCUGUCCGAUUCAAGACGUUAGAAGGGUGGCAGAAAGUGUCGGCGGACCCUGAGCAGAUGGGUCUAUUGAUGGCGGAUGUCCCGAACUUUACGAACGGGACGCCGGAUUUUGUGGUGGGGACGGUGGUGAAGGGAGGGAUAAUUGAGGCGCCGUAG